AUGAACAGGCUAUUUUUGAGAGGGUCUUGGUGCCAUAAGCAAUUACUCCGUGUUCCUUCUUCUAUCCCAUCCCCCGUGGCGUUCCGACCUACUCUUCAUUAUGUGAAUCGACCUUUUGCUUCAGUGUCUCGCCUCCAGUCCGAGCGGCCUUCCUCCCCAUCGUCCUCUGAAGCCCCGACCGCAUCCCUCGAAGAAACUACAUCGACCCCCGCAUCGGAUAAUUCGUCUCACAUCCCAUGGUAUCUGCAAGAAGAAACGCCUCUCGCCGAAUCCCGGCAGAUAUUGUCGCCAGAUCAAAUUCCCGAACUACCCGAGAACUCCCCGGCCAUCCUCCCUGCACUCCUCGAAUAUGUUUUCAAAGACCUCGGUCUGGAUGCCCUGAAGCUGCUUGACCUCCGUACGCUGGAGACUCCGCCUGCGCUCGGCGCAAACGUCAUCAUGCUUAUCGGAACUGCGCGCAGUGUCAAGCACCUGAAUGUAUCCGCAGACCGUCUCUGUCGCUGGUUGAGAAGCACGUACAAGCUGUCUCCCUACGCCGAUGGACUGCUGGGUCGGAACGAGCUGAAGAUCAAGCUCCGCAGGAAAGCUCGCCGGGCCAGGCUUGCGAGUAGAUCAGGCACGAUGUUUGAUGAGAAGGACGACGGAAUCACGACGGGUUGGAUUUGUGUCAAUGCCGGUGUGGUGGAGGAAGCACCUCUCCAAGAAAGGCAGGAUUACAGCUUUGAAGGCUUUGGACACACCGCCCCUGGCACGAGGGUUGUGGUGCAGAUUUUCACCGAGGAAAAGAGAGGUGAAGUCGAUCUGGAAGGCCUUUGGAAGAACAGAGCUGAACGAGAAAAACGCAAAUAUGGCCAGGUUGAACCCAGUGUUCCUUCUGAAGAGACUUCCAGCGAGUCCUCUGCGCCGGCCGAAGAGGCUGCUUCGUAUCGACCAUCUUCUCAGUAA